GAUGAGUCGCCCGUUUGAAAAGAGGAAGAACAUACAAGAUAUCUUCAGUGAGGAAGAAGUCUUUUGCCGGCAAAGAGCCAGUGUUUGUAUUUGGCAUUCGCUAGUAGGUACGGUCAGUUGUGAAAGGUUCGUUCGACUCAGGAAAAUGAAGACGGUUUUUUGUGUGGUGGCGCUUGCGCUUUUUGGUUAUGCCAGUGCUCAAAAAGGAGCUCAAGAAGAUCCUUGUAAAAUAAAGUCCAGGGUCGUCGGCGACAUCACGUACUGUGAUAGAUACUGGGAGUGUGUUAACGGUCAACCAGAAUUGUACGAUUGUCCAAAUGGUCUAGUGUUUGCAGGCAAAAACAAAGGUGUUACGGAAGGAUGUGAUUACCCUUGGAGGGCGAAUUACUGCGACGGAAAGCAACAAGCAAAUCCACCAAUCGGUACCGAACAUUGCGGAUGGCUGUAUGGUAUUUUCGGACACGAAACGUCGUGUACCAGAUAUUGGACGUGUUGGAAUGGAACCGUUGUUGAACAGUUUUGCAUCGGUGGUCUUCUCUACAACGAAAAAACCCAUUCGUGCGAUUGGCCCGAAAACGUUGAAGGAUGUCAAAAACAUCCUCUCUGUAACGACGACCCCAACGGAAACGUACCAUUAGGAAAAUCCUGCAACAGAUACUGGCAAUGCCAAGGAGGAUACCCAAGGCUCCAACGGUGCCCGGCUAUGUUGGUAUUCGACCGUCAUGCUUUAAGAUGCGUUGUACCCCCUACUGACGACUGUGACAUUCCUUCUACGAUCCCACCACCACUUCCAGAAGAAGAUGAACUCGACAACAUCCCACAAAAUAAUCCCAAUAACAAAGGCAAAAACGAUUUUCCGAAUCUACCACCUGGCGCCAUUCCUGUACCUGAUAAAAAUCAGAACAGGCCUAGGAACUAAGUAGUAGUAGGGAUUUAGUUGUUUAGUUAAGUUUUUGAGUUUUUUUGUGCAUGUAUGAACUAAGUUGUAAAUGUUGAAGUUAAAUAGAUACGAAUCAGGCGAGUGUGUGAUUGACAAGAAUGGUUAGAAAAACCAUGAACUGUUUAGAAUUGUGAAGAUAAAUUUGUAUUGUUGUGUAUACGUAACAUAUAAACAACGUGUGUACCUUAUUAAAAUAAAUUUUACAA